AUGACCCCCUUUGGAGUGUACACGCCCACAAGAGUGCUUAUGGGACAGAUCGUCGCGGUGGUUUUCUGCCAGUCGGCAGUGGACUUCAUGUUUGCCGACCUACUGUUCAAGGAACUCCUAGCCUGGCUCAACGACAUGCUUGGCUACGCCGAGACCCCUCGAAGACCUCCUCGACAUCCUCGAUCAAGUCCUCACGAUCUGCUCCUCCUUCGGCCUGAAGCUCAACCCGAAGAAAUGCAACUUCUUCCUGACCAAGGCCGUCUGGUGCGAAGUCGCCACAACCGAAGGCGUCCAGCACUCCCCCACAUGAAUGCGAGGACUGCGUGCGCUCGCGCCACCUGCCACGGCUGCCGACCUCCAGCAGUUUGUGUGCGCGACCAACUGGAUUCGGUCCAGCAUCCCCUGCUACUUGUGUCGCCGCUCCGCCAAAUCCUCGAUGCAGCGACCAAGAAAAUUGGAAGUGCGAAGAAAACGAAGCUUACCCGCAUCAAGGAAACUCUCUUGGCGGUGGUUCCCAUGGCGCACCCACGGGUAGACAAGAUGGAAGCGUUUGCCGUUCUGGAAAGCUGCAAGCGGCUGGAUUACCUUCUCAUCCGCCCAGCUGGCUUCCGCCUUUUCACCGACCACAAGAACCUGCAGUACAUUCUCAAUCCUGCCGGCCAUCGCUGGGGCGCCGCCCAAGCCCAAGUGCCAACAAGGUCCGUCCGGCGCCUCCUGGUCAUGGUGUCGCCGCUGCAGCAGCCCCACUUCGACUGGCCCAGCCCUGCCGGCAUCGUCUUGACCCAACAAGUGGUCGUGAAGAGGGGAGAGACCCCGCCAGCCGGCGAGGCGUGCAAUGAAAACAAGAACCUGUUCCUCAACAAGGAAGACCGCAUCUGGAUCCCACAAAGUGCCACGGACCUUCAGCAGCGGGUCUGCAUCAUAGCGCACCAAGGCGCCGUGGGCCAUCGUCGAAUCGAAGCCACGACCAAGGCCGUCCGCGAUGGCUUCGCCUGGAGCACCCUCAAAGUCGAUGUCAAGACCGCACCAAGGCGCCGUGGGCCAUCGUCGAAUCGAAGCCACGACCAAGGCCGUCCGCGAUGGCUUCGCCUGGAGCACCCUCAAAGUCGAUGUCAAGACCGCACCAAGGCGCCUCGCUGGGGCGCCGCCCAAGCCCAAGUGCCAACAAGGUCCGUCCGGCGCCUCCUGGUCAUGGUGUCGCCGCUGCAGCAGCCCCACUUCGACUGGCCCAGCCCUGCCGGCAUCGUCUUGACCCAACAAGUGGUCGUGAAGAGGGGAGAGACCCCGCCAGCCGGCGAGGCGUGCAAUGAAAACAAGAACCUGUUCCUCAACAAGGAAGACCGCAUCUGGAUCCCACAAAGUGCCACGGACCUUCAGCAGCGGGUCUGCAUCAUAGCGCACCAAGGCGCCGUGGGCCAUCGUCGAAUCGAAGCCACGACCAAGGCCGUCCGCGAUGGCUUCGCCUGGAGCACCCUCAAAGUCGAUGUCAAAACCUUUGUCCAAACCUGCUGCCUCGGCGUCGACGACUCAGUGGUCCCGUGCCCGCUUGGAUCGGCGCUCCAUAAGAUCCUCGUCGUCAAGGACGACAUGAGCAGGUUCUUGCGACUUUGCACAGCGAGACAAGCGACCACACGGCAACGCCAAUCCAAGUCCAAGGCCGUCCAGUUGCAGACGUUUGCGAUAGACGACUUUGUCCUCGUUGACGACGUAUCCCGCCAAGUCAAGAAGUUAUCCCUGCACUGGCAUGGCCCAAGCAAGAGUCCAGUUGCAGACACCCAGCACUUGAAACAGCCUUACAACUUGUCUCACCACCACGCCUGCCGACUCAAGAUGUAUUGUGAAGGCGGUCGCGAUAUGAUCGAAGACCUUGUCGACCAUAUUGCCUUUGGAAAUAAAGGGUUCAACGUGGACAAGGUCGGCGACGUCCAUGGAAAAAACGGCGAAUACCAAGCCCUCGUCUACUGGCUUGGCCUCGAUGAAGAGAAGAAGCCUCAUGGGAGCCCGUGCGCUUUCUCUAUAACGAUAUUCCCAUCGUUUUCGGCCGCUGGGUUCACCGAUAUGAAGACCAAGAACAAGUGA